AUGCCGCCCUCCAGUAACAAUGCCGCGUCGUCGGCUGCCCCCAUACACGUACCAAGGGCGACACAGUCACGCCUCAAAGAUGCUCUCUCGCGCAUACGGGCCGUCCUGGUCAGCAACAAGGCCAGUGCAGUCGACCACGCCGAGGCAGACAAGGCAAUCCGCAUACUCCUCGACGAUCCAAAUGCUGUGCCUCCAACCCACACGACGCAGCCGGAGGCUACCCAGCUUGCAGCGCAGAUUGCGCAGAAGUUCAACGCAGACCUCGUCGAUGUCUGGCUCAAGGAGAUGGACCAGGGAGAUGCAACUAAAUCCGCCCUCUUGGUAGGCUUUCUUGCCCAACUGGGCGAAUUCCUCGGCGCUUCAGCCAUUAUCAUGGAGUGGUGGGACCUCGUACUCCGACCAGUCCUCAAGGAUCCUUCUGCAUCCGACCGUACCGCUGCAAACGCGAGACAGCUCGCCGUACUCGCUGCAUCCGCUGUAGCGUCCAACGCCUAUCAGGACGAGCCGGAGCCUACUCCUUCCUGGCCUGCCCCGGCAGAGCAGAGUCAGACGCGUAAGGCGGGCGAUGCGCCCUACCCAAAGGCGUCGACUGAGCCUACCACACCCAAUCGCAAGAGCAGUUCGACGCUCAAGGGCAGUCCAGCCACGACGAGACGCUCAGCCCCCGCCGCAGACAUGCAUCGUCGCUUCACUCAGCGUCUGUUUGACCUCUACGUUCAGGAAGCAUCGGCGCCGUUGGGCACAGAUGAGGAUGAUGAUGAGAAGCUGGAGGCAGUCGAUCAGAUGCAGGCAUCUACUGCUAGCCUCGAGUCGAAUGGGACUGCAGAAGGACUCAAGCACUCUUACCUCUGGCACGCUAUCCAGCCGGACAAUCUGCAGCCUAGCGACGUGGCUGCUACAGCUUGGAAGGGCAACCUCGAAGCCAUACUCAUUACCUUCGGGCAAGGUCGCCCCAAGGAGUUCUUCCAUCACCUCUCCUCCUCCUACGAAGAGCCCAUGCAUCGCAUCCCCAUCCUUCUUCUCCUCACUAUCUUCACUCGCCUCAGCAGUAUUCACACCUUCCACAUCACCUCGACCCGCCUCCCGCAGGACAUUAUUACCUCCCUGCGCUUAGACACAUCGACCACCCUCGUGUCGUUGUGCAUCACGGCGUUGAUAAUACUGAUCCCGCAGAUUCCGAAUUGGAUUGCCAAUGGCGGGGCUGGCGGUGUGCCGAUUUUGCUGUUGACGUAUGCCAGGAUCGUCGAUUGGAGGAAGUUGGGGCCUGGUUGGGAGCAGAGGUUGGGAGAGGGAGAAGAGAUGGAGAAUCUGCGCAGGCAGCUCGACGAGGAAUUCACCGAGAUGGAGCGCCUUAGCCGACGCCUCACUCUCCGUCCAGAAGUCAAAUGGCGCCGCCUCGAAUCCAAAGUCGACACCGACCACACGGGAGAUCCGGACGCGCUCCGCUUCUUCACCGUCGUAUACGGCCUCUUCCCCUGCAACAUGAUCCGCUUCCUGCGCGCCCCCAUCGACUACCUCCGCAAGGCCAACUGCGUGCCCCUUCUCGACUCAGAGUGGGAGGACCUGAUCGAUGAGACGAAUUUGCAGCUCCGUAGCGAGCCGAUUCUCCGUCGGCACACCUUGCACCCUGCGCUCGUCGAAUUGACCGCCGAGAGAGAGAUCACGGACAAGCAACGUUGGAUCCAUCAUGACGCGGCGGACACGACUGCGGAGUGUAUUAGCUUGUCCGUGGAGAGCUGGCAGGGUCACCGCGGGGCGCAGACGCCUGUGCUGAGCGAUGUCGUCUUUGGCGCGCGCGCUUCUGCCGGGCAGAGUGCGAGGGGAUCAAGAUCGGCCUCGCCGCGCCGUCUGAUGAACUCGGAGCACCGCCAGGCUGCGGCCGACGAUGUGCUCUCGGCAUACACGGAGUUGCGCUGGGGCGGCAUGGCGGCGAGACGUCCCAGCACCGGGGGAGCGGCGCGAGGCUCGCCCUUUCACCGCUCUCUCACGGUGGGCAAUGUUCGCUCGGCAUCAGAAAGCCCGGCCGGCCGCAGUCGCAUGCCGACGAUCACGCCUCUCAAUGUCGAUCAACCCUCACAAGCGGCUGCUGCCCUCUCCAGCCAGCUCAGGCGCAACCAAGCAUCUGCGCCAACCUCGCCCACCCGCUCGAGCAGCUCUCGUCGCCCCUUUUCGGCGUUCAGCACGAUCACGGCCUCCAAUCUGCCCUCCGCAGCUCGCCGUCUCACAGGCAUCGAGACUCCUUCCUCGCCCACCACACCUCACUCUGAGCUGCCGGCCUCCUCAUCGUCGUCCUCAGUCCACGUCGACCAGACCGACCGUGCUGCCAAGUUGGAAGUCUACUCGGAGCUCAAGUAUCUGCAACGAGAAAAUCUCCUCCUGCGCAACGAGCUCAACUUCGAGCUCUACCUCAAAGACCAGCAUCUCCGUCACAUUGGACACUUGCAUCGUGAUCGCAUCAACGACACGCGUCUGGAGGCAGAGAGGCAGAACCUGUACCAGACGGUAAAGCUGCUACGCUCCCAGCUUGCGGCCGUGACGGCGACGCAGGAGCGACAGCGCGCCGAGCAGCAGACGACGAAGGCUCGUCACGCCCAGUGGGAGGCAGAGCUGAACGGCAAACUGAAGCAGUACCGCGAGGAGCGCAAGACCUGGAAUGCCGAAACACGUGAGCUGCGCGCCAAGAUCGAGGAAGGAGUGGCCACAAUGGAUACCCAAUCGAAGCGCCUCGAUGAAUCUUCGGCCGAGCUCUUCGAGCUUCGCACCCAACUUGAAAAAGCUGCCCCUCGCCUCGCCCGUCUGGACCAGGUAGAGGCACGCAAUGCCCACCUGACGCGUUGUCUCGCGUAUUGGGACGAUGAUGUCAGGCGAUUUGAGGAGCAGAGGAGGGAGAUGGAGACUAUGCUCAGUCGAUGGAGGGAGAUGGAGUUGAUUGUGAGGGCCAGCGAGGAGGAUCGAUACAGGAUCAGUGAGGUUGCGGAGGCUCGGGGAGCGGAGUGUCAGAGGUUGAGGAGGGAGGUCGAGGCGAUGCGACGACGAGGGGCUGCCGCGGCGUCUGAUACCGAGGCUGUAGAGCAGCUGCACGAGAAGACGGCGGGGCUUGCUGAGGGGCAGAGAGACGUGCAGGCUGAGAAGGAGCGAUCGACGGAGUCCAUGGACGUUCACACGAACAAGGCACUACAGCGUCGUGUCGAGCAGCUGGAGGCCGAGCUGCUAGCUCUGCGCGUAGCUACCGAGGGUCGCAAUGCCGCUCCGGCGGCCGAGUCAGCCACAGGUGAGGGCGCGAAUGAGGCAACUUCAGCCGCCUCCAACCUUGGCGCCAUCGGGUUGGCUAACCGCAAGGAGCUCGAGGAGAUGAUCGCGGCCGGUGGGGUUGAGAAUCAGAGCGAGAAGGAGGAUGGCCGCGACGAGGAGAAACAGGAUGUAGAAGGAGAAGUGGAGGAGCAAAACGCUGAAGAGAAGAAGGAUGCGAGGUAA